AUGGAUCUACUACUCGGUCUUUCAGCUGCACAUCUUGCGGUUCUCAAACCCGCGGAGAGCAUGAAGUACGGACUUCGUGCUGUCAACUAUCAGAAUCGAGCUCUGAGCGGGUUCAAUAUCAUUCUGCAGGAUCCCAAUCCCGACACUGAGAGUCUAUUUGCCAUGUUCAUCUUCUCUGCUUUCCGGGGCAUUCUGGAAGUUGCCAUUUCCCGCACAGCUGGAGCUCAGCAAAAGCAGUCUUUCGUCGAGACCUUAUGUGCCUUGACCAGGCUGUUCAGAGGAUCAAAAUUCAUCAUGAAGAAAGCCAGAGAGGCAAUGUCUGAUGAGACUUGGAACUCCAUUUUCCGCGACGAAGACUCCAAAUUGAGGAUAAGGCAUCUCACUAUUGAUCAUGACAGCUUUCCGAUGCCGGAAGGGGAGCCUCUGGACGACAUGCUGGCCCAGAUCGACUUCUACAUCCCGCCGCGUGAGGUCGGCCACGAACCAAGCAGUCAUAAUGCUCACCUUCCCGAUGGCAGAGACCAGGCCGUCAAGUACUUGCGGCGAUUGACCGCCAUCCAGGUGCCUGCCAAUCGUGCAGGUCAACUGCUCUCCUGGCCCGCAAUGUGGACAGACGGCUUCAUUGAGGACGUCUCCGAGGGUGAACCAAGAUGCGAAGCUAUCCUUGCUUGUUACGGUCUAACAUUGAGGCAUUUGAAUGAUCGGUGGUGGGCAAAAGACUUUGGCAAAGAUCUUGUGCUUGAGGUUGCGUCCGGUUCGAGCAGUGCGAUAUUAGGACCAUUCUAUGCCCAGUUGCUACAAAUGAUAGAGCCUCCAAGUCGCUAG